AUGCUGAUAACGAAGCCAUGCAGCCGCCUACUGAUCUGCAUCAUCCUCGGCCUCCACACGAGCUCGAGUCGCGCCACCAGCGCAAGCCCCUCCGCCUCGACGUCCCUCGCCACACUAACGUCGUCGUCCAUCGACAGCAGGAAAACCAUCAGCUCAUCGCCGUACAAUGACCACAAUGCCACUGCGACCCCGGCACCACCGAGCACUCGGGCCCGCCGGAAGCGCUUCGUGCGAUUCCCCGCACUGCCCCCGAGCUACGUCCUGGAGGGAGCACCACCCCCGCCGUUGCUCCCCGUAGUCCAGCAGGCGAGGAGCGUGCGUUUCGCGGGGCCGUACCCGAGCUGGCGGCAGCAGAAGUCGUACUGGAGGCAGCACCUCGGACCCGGCGAGUAUCCAAGCAGGCCCGGGGCUCCCGUGAUGGGGCACAGGACGCCGAGGCUGAUCUUCCGGGACAGCGACUUUGGCCUCGGGGCCAACAACUUCUUCCAGUCGAAUCAGCUGCCCGACAUCGAGGAGGAUUACAGAGAUCAUCGAAAACAGACAUUUAAUGAAUAUCCAAGGCUUGAAACAGAGCCGCGGAAAGAGAAAAGACCGUUGUGGAAGGGUGACGAUUCGUUGUGCGCCGACGGACGUAGCUGCGAGUUUUUUCUAAUGUGCUGGAUGUCGGCGGGCUUGCUCGAUGGAAACUGCGGCGGUCUAAUGUACGCCUGCUGCCAUCGGCCGAAAGACGCGGCCAAGGCGAGCAAUGAUUACAGUUACCUCGAGCAAGAGCCAAGGGAUCAGAUACAGUCCUUGGGCACGGACUCUUAUUUGGCCGCUGAGACUGUGACCACCCAAGACGUCGACGAGCAGUGUGGUAUUUCGGCGUCGAAGCAAACUGCGCAGAGGCGAAUCGUUGGCGGCGAUGAGGCAGGAUUCGGAAGUUUUCCUUGGCAGGAGCUCGUUAAACGAGGCGGUGGCUUUGAAUUUUUGGAAAAGAAAUCGCAGAAACGUAUUCAUGAAGAUUCUCAUGCAGAUGUUAUCGGAAGUACAAAAUGGUGUCGGAAGGCACGUAAUUGUCACUGCAAUUGCGGUGAAAUCGGCGCGUAUGGUGAAAUCAGAUUCGACGUGGCCGUUUUACGACUGGACAGACCGGUGCACUACAUGCCUCACAUAGCUCCAAUUUGUUUGCCGGAGAAAAACGAAGACUUUCUCGGACAGUACGGCUGGGCUGCUGGCUGGGGUGCUCUUCAAGCUGGCUCGAGGCUACGACCAAAAACGUUGCAGGCCGUGGACGUGCCUGUGAUCGACAAUCGAGUUUGCGAAAGGUGGCAUCGUUCGAACGGCAUAAACGUGGUUAUUUACGACGAAAUGAUGUGCGCUGGUUACCGAGGAGGUGGUAAAGACUCGUGCCAGGUAUGGAAGAUGAAAUUUUGA